UCUUAUUCACGCAGUACGACCAAGUCUGUAGGUGCACUCGAACGCGCCAUGGAAACCCUCAUUGAGGAGGGUGCAUCUGUUUCCAUCCUUGCAUCAGGUUCUGUACUGGCUUCCAUGUCAGCAGGUCAAACUAACGUCCCUCCAGAACUGCCGAAGACAGGUGAAGUAGGAAACAGGGCAGAUCGACUUCUUGGUCUAGGGAAAGGCAAGAAUGUUCGGUCAAAUACAGUCCCUGGUCCAGCGUCACCUGAUAACAAGCUUCCGAAGCUGCCAACCCGUUCACAUACAAGCCCGUCGCAUCCAGUUUCGAACGUGGAAGAACGGAUUCGACGUACUGGCGGAAAGAGCGAGAGCGGUAGUGUGCGGAAAAGGGACAGGGUGUUGGGAGAAUUUGUGAAGAGGGAGCGAGCGUGUGCAAGAUGUGAGAAAAAAAUCGAGGACGGGAGAUGGAUACAGAUGGAUGGAGGAAGUGUUCUUUGCGAGCAAUGUUGGAAAAAUAUGUAUUUACCUAAAUGCCGCCGAUGUAAUCUACCUAUAGAGAAACAGGCCGUAUCGUCAUCCGACGGACAGCUUAAAGGAAAAUACCACAAAGACUGCUUUAAUUGCCAUAUAUGCCAUAAACCUUUCCCUGAUCGGGAGUUCUAUGUGUUUGACGGGAAACCCCUCUGUGCAUAUCAUUAUCACGAAGCAAAUGAUUCUCUGUGCGGCGCACAUAGUUGCGGGGAACCUAUUGAAGGACCUUGUGCGGUUGCGCAUUCCGGCCGACGUUACCACCCGGAACACUUUUUAUGCGAGUUCGAGGAAGGAUGCAGAGAGCGGCUUGUUGAAUAUUGGGAAGUGGACGGCCAGAUGUUGUGUGAGCGGCAUGCGGUGGGAGGCUAUCGUGACGGUGACCUGAGGGAUGGUCAUCUUGGGGCGGACAUAGCUGGAGACGAGGGCAGAGCACUGAAACGCAUGACACGGUUCAUCGACCUAGGUGCGGUACCCGACGAUAUCGAUAUAAGGUGAUCGAGUUAUCGAUCGUGGAAUAUGUUUGCCCUCGUUUUGUUAUAAUUUUCUUUCUUGCCGUUCUUGUGGACCAUUCAGCAUUUGUAAUCUCAUCUUCAGUAGGAUAUAUUCCUUCAUUCGCACUUCAUAUACCAUUUUUUUUUUUUUUCAGGGACCUCAUGCUUCACGGACAUAAAUCACUUUCUCACUUUCUUUGGAUACCUGAAGUCGAGGGACAUGCAUACUAC